AUGGCACCAAAAGCCCAAUUGAGAAGAAAGCUCCAGGGAUAUCGAGUGGCGCCGGAUUCCGACUCGGAGGAUGCUGGUUACAGUCUGAGAGGUCGCCAAAGAAAUCAAGCAGGGAGGUUCAUUUCAAAAAGAGCUCGCCUCAACUCCCAACAUGACUCUGAUAUGGAAAAUGACGAUGCUGGGCCAAGUCAGAGAGCUAACCGCCAGAGAGCCGCUCGGCUAAGAAUGAGCAGGCACAGAUUCCGGCUAGCAUCUUCGUCAGAAUCCGAGUCAGAAGAACCGGGACCAAGCCAAAGAAUUUGUCCGAGACACGCUCCACCGGUGAGAGUGACCUGCUCUCAAACCCAGUCCCCUUCACCAUCCGACUUGAAUGCACCUGGAUCGAGCCAAAGAAUUUGUCUGAGAGACGCGGCACUAAGGAGAGUUACCCGCUCUCAAACCCAGUCCCCUCCAGCAUCCGAUGCAGAUGAACCUGGACCGAGACAGAGACAUCGUCAGAGACAUGCGGCACCAAUGAGAGUGACCCGCUCUCAAACCCAGUCUCCUCCACCAUCCGACUUGGAUGCACCUGGACCGAGCCAGAGAUUUCGUCAGAUAAACGCGCCACCCAUGAGAGUGACUCGUUCUCAAACCCAGUCACCACCAGAAUCCGAUUCCGAAUCUGGACCGAGCCAGAGACCUAAUAAGCGCUCUCGAGUGACAGUUAUGAAGGUGGACAGCGAUGAUGAGAAAGAAAACAGAAGAGUCACAAGAAGACUGGCUCAAGCGCAGCGACAACAUGUCAUUCCACAGCAACCGCCAAAUCCCUCCGACUCUGAAGAGGAUAUUGAUAUCAACGCUCUCUUGGCACAAAUUGCGGAGAAUCAUUUCGAUAAUGGCACAGACGAAGCAAUGGUAGCAAGAGAUGAGACUGUUGAUGAAAUCAACGCCCAAUUUGCCAAGAUGACGAUUGCCACGGUUGUUGAUCCGGCUCCAUCCCGCAAAAGAGGCAUGCACGUUGCCAAAGUGCAAGUUCUCAAAAAGUUUCAAUGUAAGAUUCCAAACGGAUGCAUCGAAGCGAACAAAGGGCAACAAUUUGGAUCCUGGCACCGAGACGCCGCCCUCGAAUAUCCCGGAAUUCCAACAAGAAAGUUUUGUGAAAAGGAUAUGAACAAGUAUGGAAAGACUGAGAAGAACUGGUCAAUUCAAACGAUAUUCUCUGAUCCAACAGCCCGAAAUCAGUUUUGGCUCUACUACGUUGGAUGGAGCUGCAAAACUAUGUGGCUCCAGAAACUCAGUGAUUUUGCGAGCAGCGCAUCGGAAAUGGUAGAACAUAUGAAGAUCCGCAAUACGUUUCUGGCCAAAUUAAAAAGAAGUUUGAAAACUCCGGAGCUCAAAAAGCUGGUGGACCGAGAAAAAUGUAUGGAUGAAACGAUCAAAAGUAAUCCAGAUCAUAUUUUUUGGCUUUAUCAAGACAUGUCCUUCUUCCACACGAAGAUCCAGCAAAACGAAGGACUCGGGCUAAUUUCAUAUAUGUGUCUCAGAGAAAAGAUGAAAUUGCCGCCAAAGUUUGCCUACACCACCGUAAAUGUGAUGAAGCCUGACAUUUACCAAAUUUGCGUAAAAAAUAGCGCAAAUCGGCGAUUCACCUCUAUGAGAGUCGGAGUGAACGACAGACAAUUCACUGCAUGUGAAAAACCGAGCACAUGCAAAUGUAAUAUGAAGUUCGAACAAUUGUUUGCUUCAUACACCAACUCGGACGGUGUUGUCAUUCGUCGCAAAAACCGUCAGCCGAACAAGGACUGCGUUCUGAACUUGGACGGUUUUGAAUAUGAAGAAGAACGGAUCGUAAUUGAGUGCUCCGAUGCUUGCGGAUGCUCUUACAAGUGUCCACGCCGACAGCUCCAAAGAGGACAGCAAAAGUACUUGGUUGUUUUUUAUGAAGGUGAUCGGGGAUUUGGUGUCCGAGCAGCCGAAUUUAUCAAACAAGGAGAAUUCAUUAUGGAGUACGUUGGAGAGAUAAUGGCGUUGAAAAAAGAUGAUCAUCGGGAUCGUGACGUGUCCUAUGAUGUUAAGUUGACUGUCUUCGACAAUAACUUGGUGAUUUCCUCGGCUCUACUUGGAAAUGUCGCACGAUUUUUGGGACACGCUUGCCAGCCCAACGCCACAUUCAUCGAGUGCUACAGCAGGAAGUGUGAGACCGACCCUCUCUUCCCACGUAUCGGUGCCUUCGCCACCAGCGACAUCAAUAUUGGAGAGGAAAUCACAAUCUCUUACUUCCACCCAAGCCAACUCCUCGGCACGACUGGCAUCAAGUGCAGUUGCCGCGAGACUUGCCCCAACUACUUGCCAACCGCCGACGCAGUCGAGUAA